AUGAUUGAAGAUGAUCUCUUCUCUCCGGACCCUAUCGAUGAUCAAAAUUUCCAGAUGAAUUUCACUGCUGUCCAAGUACAGAUCCGAGAGCUUUCGCGCGCGAUUUCUGGGUGUACAUUGUCCCAAGACCCAGAGUCUAGGUUACAUGAAAUUCAUCUCAAUGCCAAAAAGCUUAGUGAGUACAAGGAUCAGGAAACACGCAUUGUUGGAUUCAUAGGUAAAACCGGAGCUGUCAACCAGAGAGGUCUCGCACGCUCGAGUGGUUCUGGGAGCGCAUGUACUUCCGUCCCUACGGAGUAUCGAUACAUCGAUGAAAAGCAUCCACGUGCCUAUACUAUAGAAGCUGAGUUCAUGGGCGAGAACGAAGUCAAUGGUCUCCUCGAAGAGCUUCUGCAAAGCAUUCGACGAGCUGCAAUUCCGACUGACCGAAAUAUUGUCGCGGGGGAAAGCUGGGCAGAGCAAUUCAGCAACUGGCCAGAUUUAACAAUUGAGUUUUUCGCGCGACCCGGAGCGGAAACGGAAAUCGAGAUUCUACAAGGAUUGAAAGCGCUGGCCUUGGAUCGAUUGACAUUCCGGCCCGGAGGAUCGAGCUCACUACAAUAUACUGUCGUCGCAGAUGACUUGGAGAGCUGUAAAGAUACACUGGACAGUUUGACAGAUAGCCUCGAGGACAGCAAUACCCCUGCUUUGUGGCCUUUCAUCAAGUUGAUCAGACUGCAGGGUAUUCCUCGAGCUGCCAGUGCUGAAGAAUGGGCUGGUGCUUGCGGACCUACCAGCUCACUGUUGGUAGGAUUACACGAUAUGAACCAUGCGAGGGUACGCGCUACGGAACAGUAUCUUUCCAGAACCUGCGAUGAAGUGUUUAUUGUAACUGGAAUACUUCGAUGUGUUUCAAAUCAAUCGAUCUUCAAAAUUAUAGAGAAGGCCGGGGAAAGCAAACGUAUACGGGUGGUUUGCACAAGGGCAGAUGAAGUCUCACCGGGAGAGUCUGCUCGCGGCAGUGGUCCUCUUGUCAAACGCAUGAAGAGUAUGAACGCAGACAUCAAUAAGCUGGAGAGCAAGUUCAGGCAUAUCGGGGGCCAAACGCAGGAAGCACAGGGCCAGAGAAUGGCGGAUCGUGCUCUUCUAGAUUCUUUAGACAGGAUACAAAAGCUUCACUACGAGUGCGUGCUAUACAUUAUUCAAACUGAUAUCUAUAUGCCUAGGAUUCUAAUUUUCAUAACCAGGCGACGAGCGCUCCUUAUGAACCAACGAAACGACUCAACAAAGAGAUACCUUAAUAAAGUGAAAGAUAUCAAAAUAUUCUGCGUUGGCAAUGAGCUUUAUGGAAAUCCGCCACACAGAAUGUCAGAGGAAUACCGGAAUCUCAGCGGAGUUCGAGAGCUUCGUUCAUAUUGUCGAUCUGUCCCAGCAGAGGGAAGGAUGGAUCCCGCUUUGGUUUUCAUCGAGGAACAAGUACCUGCUCUGCUAGAUUCAAUUCGUCAGUGGACUCUGAUAGGUCGUGAUUCUGUGACACCCGCAAGAGCCUGUGAGCUCCGAAGCGUAUUGGAACAAGCAGAGCAAAUACUACGCCAGUUGCAUUCGGCAAGUUAUGCCGCAUUCUGCCUGAAGAAUUACAACCAUCAGGUCUCCAGCCAGAAGCCUCGUUGCUGGAACAACGAAUUGAUGGAGCAAGAGCACGGCCUGCGUUAG